UAAUUUCCCAAGUUCGAUAUCUCGAAAGAAAGUUCUGAACCUGAAGUUGUUUGAGAAGUUUUAUUUAACAUUUGAUUGUUUUUGUGUUGUAUAAUUCUUAAAUAUGCGAUUAUCAGUUGUUUUGUGUAAUAAAGUUGCCGAUUUAACGAAGCAGUAUUCUAAUCUUCCGGAGUCGUAUAUCAAACGAGCUAUGGAGCAGGUAUAUUGGCGCACACCAGCAGCCCCUCAGUAUCUGCGGCGAGAGAUAAAACGUAAGAAGUACUAUUUUGGUGUUCAUCGACCUUGGACAGCAGAGUUUCAGGCGGAGAACCAGCGAGGAACAAUUCGCAAGAAAGUGUUUGUUGAGCCAAUCCGUGAAUGGAGCUAUUUCAAAGGAGACAGGGUGGAGGUAUUGGUUGGACAAGACAAGGGAAAACAAGGUAUUAUCAGCCAGGUUAUCCAGGAACGUAACUGGGUUAUUGUCGAAGGUCUGAACUGUGAGCUCAAAGUGUAUGGGAAAAGUAAGGACUUCCCUGGGGUCUAUCUGAAAUCGGAACAACCGUUGUUGGUCACUAAUGAGGUGGCGUUAGUGGAUCCUUCAGAUCUAAAAUCUUCAGCAAUUGAAUGGAGGUACACUGAAGCAGGACAGAAGGUCCGUGUAUCUGUUAGAACUGGUCGCAUAGUCCCAAUCCCAAAAGGUGCAGAAGAAACAUAUGAUUAUAAAACAAAAGCUACAUACAAAGAGUCAGAGAGGGACACGAAGGCAUCAGAAGCGACAGAAAUUACUUUUGAACCUGCCUUGAAGACCUUUGAAAUGGAUAUUAUGGAAUGCAUGGGUAUCCAAGAGGACAGGGUACCAGCUAAGACUUUCUGGUAUUGAGUAUGUAACGCAGUAAAUAUUUGUAUGAAGUAGAAGUAGUAAUAUCUGAUUUUGUAUAUGUAAAUUGUGAUCAUGUUUGAUGGAACCACUGGGAUAUUAUAAUAAUAUCAAAAAUGAAUGCUGAA